AUGGUGAUAAGGUGGAACAAUAAUUUAAUUUUUAUGACGAUUGAAUUGGUUGUUGAAAAAUUUAUUACUUUCAGAUUACCCAUUAAAACGUUGAUUUUUUAACGAGAUAACGAGUCGAGUAAGUUUUCGGUGCAACAAUGUUUCGCAGACGUUUCUCAGAAUACUCGAGGAUAUCGGGUCAUCGGGUCGUUAACCGCUAUAAGGUUAGACAUCCACUGCGCAUCCUUGCCAUUAAUUGAUGUUAAAGCCUUAGAGGCAUAUAUGUUCGACACAACGUUAGUAUAAAAAUCGCGUCACGACAUGACGUAAUGGUUUAUUUUCGAAGGUAUUUACCGUAGACUCGGUGCAGCGCAGUGUAAUGAUUUCUGCAAGUUAUUCAGCGAUGCUUUAAAAGCCACCAAAUGCCUUAAAAUGGAUCCGAAAAACUUGGCCGCAGCUGGUUCAAGGACAGCAACGACCAAUGCUCAGUUUUCAAAUAUCUACCAUUUGCUGCAGAGCAGUCCUCAAAUGUAUCAGUUCCCGAUGCAUAGUAUGGAGUACCGAAUGCUGAACCCGUACCAGUCAGGUCCAGUUUUCAAUAUAGGCGAACCUUUGGUUCCCAUAAAUCAUCCAUUUUUCGGAUAUCAUUCUAUGCCACAAGGGUCAGCGAAUCUAUCGCAGUGGCAAGCUCCCGUUCCAUCCACCAGCUCUUUAUCUGAAGAUCCUGGCGUUACUGCUCGUGAAUAUGUUCUAUCGUCCAACGAAUCUUCACCAGUUGUGCCUUCGCAGCAACUUGCUUCUGCAUCGAAAUUGCCGGACAAAAAUACUCUGAAACGGAAAAAGAAGUUCAAAAAACGAUCAAUUCAAGAACAACUGCCGAAAAAAGAUUGGAAUAAAGAUGACGCUGAUUUAGCCUUGAAAACCGAAUGUGAAUAUGGCAACAUGAAACGAAAGCAACAAAUAAUUAUUAAAUUUCCCGAUGAAGAACUGAAUGCUGAUAUUGUUAAACAAUUUCACUCAGCGAUUAAAUUUGUACAUUUUCAAACGUAUUGUGGGCCACGUUAUUGUUUUGCUCAAAUUGAUGAAAACGUUGAUGUCAAUUCGGUAAUUGAAGAUCUAAAUAUCAAAACAUUCCAAAAUGGGUCUCUAAAAGCUGAACGAAAGGUGACCAAAGAAGAGGAAGAAGUAUGCGUUGAGGAAAUUGAUCCAUACACACUUUACCUUGGUAAUUUACCACAGUACAUUACGUCUCAUGCAGUUAAAGAAAAAUUCAAAAAAGCUUCGCGUAUUGAUAUUGGUUUUGCUCAAAAAAUCAAGUACACCAGAUAUGCAUUUAUUAGAUUCAGAAACGUCCAUGAUGCCAUUCAAGCUUACAAAGAGAACGUUGAUAUUAUAAUCGAUAAUCGAUCCGUCGUAUUACGAUUUCGUCGUAUCAAUAACAAGGUAGUGAAUAUUGCCAAAGAAAAGAAGAAAAUAAAACUAGAAGAGGACGUUAUCGAACCAGACCACGAGUUCUCCGAUGAAAACCGAGAAAAAAGCCAAGACAGAGAAGAACCAGAAUUCGAAUGUUCUCAACUAGAAGAAUACGAAUUACCAACGCCAAUUCCACUAACGGAGAUAAAACCCGAGAAAAGUAAAGGAUACCCGGAUGAAAUGGUGAACGAAGCUUCUUCAGCUUUGAAACCUAUAUUCGGUAGCUGUUUGGGGAAAAUUGACUGCAGCGUGGUAUCUGAACAACUGCAACUUGUGGAAAACAACGCAGAUACGUACCUAGCGUCGGGAAAUCUUUCGCCAAAUACGAGAAAAGAAACAACCCCGUUGAUUAAAUUUAUCAAGAGUGUGACCGGAGUAGAAGAACUGAGCCCCGAAGAUGCUGAACUUUUCAAAACUGUGGUUUUAAAACUGGCUAAUAUAUUUAAAAAUUCCAAAACUUAGAUGUUUCUCUGUGAAUAUUUUCAAGUUCCUUUUACUUGUAAAUAAUUUAUGUGCUUUCUUUGUGUGUGAUACUGUAAAGAAUUUCAGGCGAAUGAUUAUUUAUGUCGAAUUUUUUUGUGAUUUUCGAAGUGAUAACUCAGUAUUUGUUUUUCAGUUUUUCUUUCCAUCCUUUUAUUUUUUUUAGCUUUUUUUUUGAAUUAUUUCUGUUCCCUUAUGUUACCUUUUGAUUAAUAAAGCAUUAUUUAUGUUCGCUUAA